GGAAAGAUUCUUCUACGACGUUGAAAUCUCUGAGUUCCGACGGAGCAAAAUGUUCAUUAUCAUCUUCAAGAUUCCUCAUUUUCUCUUCUUCCACGUUCUUCCGUUAGUGAUUUUUACAGUUUUCAAUAUCCUGAUUGUUUGGCAGAAAUCAGAUAGAAUAGAUCUAGAGCAAACUGCGGACUCAGAACAAACUGCAAACCAGCUCUUAGAGCAAACGGAACAUCAGAACACAGAGCACAGGAGACAGCAAAUGACAGAACAAAACUACGGGUUUCCAAGAAGACUGGUGAGGCUAGCCCCUAACCUACUGAUUGUAGGAUUCCAUAUUCCAAGGACAAUGCUCACUGCUUACGAGAUCAUAGUUCAUUUGGUUAUGGAUGAGGAGGAUAAAAACCUUGAACAGACCUGGAUCCUUGAUCUAUCCCACACCCUUCUCAUCCUGGGAUCCUCAACAAAUACAAUGAUUCUUCUUCUCCAGGAAAAUUUUAGAAUCGGUGAUAUAAUAAAUGUCUUCAAAACUCCAGGACCAAGAAUCCCAGAGAGGACUGCAGAGUUUGAAACGUUUGAUCUUCUCCAGGUUUAAUCCAAAGCUGAUCAAUGAUUUCAAUUAUAUCAAUGACUUUAGUGAGGAGAUUGUCAACGAUUAGCAACGGCUUAAUUCAAAUCUUAAUCUAAUCAAGGAUUUUGGAAAUAUCGUUGCCAAUAUAUAUUAACUUUUCUAGAAAACAAACUCGUGAUUUUUUAGAAAAAAAAACUCGUGGUUUUCUAGAAAACAAACUAGCGGUUUUCUAGAAAACAAACUAGUGGUUUUCUAGAAAAUAUCUCGUAGUUUUCUAGAAAACAAACUCGUGGUUUUCCAGGAAAAAAAUGAUCAAGCAGAAUGUUAAGACUACUGAAUGAUCCAGUCGACCGUUUAAUGGUCCACAUUGCAUCUUUUUAUGAUAAUGACAGCCCACUUUACGAUCCUGACUGCCCACUUUAUGAUCCUGACUGCCUAUUUAACGAUCCGUUUUGCACAUUUUAUUGUUUGUGUUGCACUUUUUAAAAAAAUCGUGUCAUAUCUAUGAUCUGUGUUACAGCUAUUGUAUGAUCCGUGUUGUACUUUUUAUAGUCCGUAUUGAUCAAUUUAAAAUCCAGACUGUAACCAUAUAUAAUCCGGUUUGAGUACAUCAUCGUCAGCUGAAAACUUUUGAAUUGGAUCAACUUAAUCCCGAUCGCUUAAUCAGAAUCUCCACUGUGGAGACUUUUAAUUUUCUUUUAAAUCCUCUCUUGGCUAUCCCUGCAAAUUCACGGCUUCUGAUUGGCUAUUUAAUUUUGCAUAAAAUACAUUAAAUAUAUGAUAACCAAGUAAUUCAUGAAUCACUGAAGAUAAAACUACAAUUUCAAUUUACGACGUUAAAGACUGGUGAAUCUCUAUAUUUUCAUGUUUGUAUUAAUGUCUUGUAUUCAACAAUGUUAAAUAUUGUAAUUAAUUUAGUGAAAGGAACCCCUUAGAGCUCUUUGGAGAAGAUUCUAAAAAUAAAUGAUACCAUUUAUAAGAGAGAAAAGUAGAAAAAUAAACCGUCAAAUCCCGGAUUUACUGACAUUUUAUGUAUUUUCUGACUUUUUCAUAUAAAACCUUAAUCAGCUCAUUGACAAAUUUUCUUUUCACCUUUUCUUUUGAAAGCUAAGCGCUUUUAUUAGUGUAUAAUAUGCUUAAAAGAAAAUUAAAUAUUGGUUUAUCUUUGUCAUGCAUCAGCGGGCAACCACCAUAAUCCACAGUUUUUUAAACUCUGAACUUUGUUUUUGAUUUCUUCUACAUUUUACUCAGUUUUCGUUCCAAAGAGGGGAUGAGAGGCAUACGACACCCCAUCCC